AUGGGCCACUACGAACUGCUGGGUGUCCUCCCAUCUUCCACUGGCGCCGAGAUCAAGGCCGCCUUCAGGAAGCUGGCCCUGCGGCUCCACCCAGACGUCAACAGCGACCCCGGCGCUACCGAGGCCUUCACCCGUGUGACGGCAGCCUAUGAAGUCCUGUCGUGCGACCGCGCGCGCCGCGACUACGACGCCCAGCUGGCGGCGCGCCGCCGCGCCGCCCCAAACGCGCCCCCCCAGGCCUGGGGCGGCGCCAGCAGCUACUAUGAGGCAGCCGCGCGGAGCGGCUACCGCCGCGCCAGCUCGGGCGCGGGCGCGGGGUCGCAGCAACAGAAGCGCGGCCGGCAGGCGGACGGCAGCAGUCGCGGCGUUGGCUGGGAGGAGGCGUUUUGGGAAGAAGCUGGAGACAUGGACGAUGGCGCCUACACCGCGGGCGGAUUUUACCGGUGGGCUCAGUCAGGGUCGCAUCAAACAAGCUGGAAGGCCAACAGGCGGAAGGAGCGCGUGCGGCAAGAGCAGCAGCAGCAGCAGCAGCCGCAACAGGGUACCCAGCAGCAGCAGUCCUCAGCAAAGCAGCGAGGGGCUGCGGCUGCGAGCAGCAGCAGCGGUCGCGGCGCGCGGCGCGCCCGCCGCGCAGCCGGCGUCGGCGCGGCGGGCGCGAGGCCGAGGGGCGGCUUGGACGACCUGCUGUCGCAGCUGGACGAGGCGACGCUGCGGGGGCUGAGGAGCGUUUACGGCGGCAGCCUGCACGACAUGCAGGACGCAGAGGAGUUGCAGGAGUUUCUCGAGCAGAUUGAGCUGUUGCGUGCCAACGGCAUCAGUUUCGAGCAGUUUGGCGGCACUGCCGGCGGCGGCCCCCGCACGCAGCAGCCCCCGCCCUCAGCUGGCUCCUCAGCAAGCAGCAGCGCCAGCGCCCGCAGCUCCGCGCGCCAGCGGCAGGCCCCGCGGCGCCGCCGCGGCGCAGCGACACGCGACGCAGCAGCGGCCGCGGCCGCGGCUGCGGGGGUGGCGGGGGGCGUCGGCGGGGGCGGGUGGAUGCUGUCUGAGGAGGACCUCGCUGAUGUGGCGGAGCUGCUGGGGUUGGACGAUCUCGGGGAGCUUCUGUCCAGCUUCCAAGGUGAUGCUGACGAGGAGGACGACGUGGCAGGCAGUGGGAGCGGGCAUCGCGCCGGGCCACGGCGGCGGCAGCAGCAGCAGGAGCCCCAAGCUGGUCGAGGCGCAGGGCGCGGUGAGACGACUGGGAGUGCUGAGGAUGAGGAUGAGUUUCUUCUUAUUGAUGGGGAAAGCGACGACGACGACAGCGAGGAUGACAACUCGUGGUUCAGGGAGGCGCGCCGAUACUACGGGGAGGUGGGAUAG